GAUGGGGAAAGAGAGGCCUUUGGGCUAAUUUCCUUUUGGAUGCAUGGGGAAGGCCGAUUCUCCUAUCUGAACCCGGAACAUGGCAGAUGGGGCGCAGGCCAACCCCAAAGCGUUCAAAAAGAAGGUGCUGGAUAGAUGCUCCUCUGGGUGGAGGGACCCACGCUUCCGAGCCUCCUGUCCUUCAAGAACCCCCAGGUCUAGCCUGGGUAUGAAGAAGUUCUUCGCUGUGGCCAUCCUUGCCAGCAGUGUUCUGUCCACAGCCCACAGCAGCCUGCUCAACCUGAGGGCCAUGGUGGAGGCCGUCACAGGGAGGAACGCCAUCCUGUCCUUCGUGGGUUACGGUUGCUACUGUGGGCUGGGGGGCCGUGGCCAGCCCAAGGAUGAGGUGGACUGGUGCUGCCACGCCCACGACUGCUGCUACCAGAAACUCUUUGACCAGGGCUGUCACCCCUAUGUGGACCACUAUGAUCACACCAUCGAGAACAACACUGAGAUAGUCUGCAGUGACCUCAACAAGACAGAGUGUGACAAGCAGACAUGCGUGUGUGACAAGAAUGUGGUUCUGUGCCUCAUGAACCAGACGUACCGAGAGGAGUACCGCGGCUUCCUCAAUGUCUACUGCCAGGGCCCCACGCCCAGCUGCAGCAUCUAUGAACCACCCCCUGAGGAGGUCACCUAGAGUCACCAAUCCCCGGCGCCCCCCACCCCUCCCUAGAGCCUCUGAGGUCUGAGAGAGAAGAGCGGGCGGAGGGGACCAGAUGAGGAGCAGGGAGGGUAGGAGCCAGGCUGGGAGCCCAAAGGUUGCUGGCUGCCUCCCCCUGGAGCUCUCCAGCCAGGGCUCAGCCCCCAGAGGACUCAGGAAGGCCUGGGUCUUGACUCCCCCAGCCCAACCCAGCCCCAAGCAUGGGUGCAUCCUGCCGCUGGUUCUGGACUGGGUGGGAGGCAUGGAGCUUGUAGGAGUCUCUCCUGAGGGUGGCUGGGAAGACCCGAGAGAGAGGAGGAGGGGCCUCUGAGUGGGGCCUCUGUUGCUGGAGCCAGCUUGACUCCCCGGAGCCUUCGAGAGUCUGAGCUGCCAGCCCAGGUCCAGAGAUGGGUGCAUCCUCGGCCCAAGAUCACAGGAAGGCAGAUUGCUGGUCACGAAACCUGGCUUCCAGGAGCCCCUCAGCUGAUCCCACAGGAUGGCCCGGGGUGGUGGCUACUUUGGGCUUGAGGCUCUCUAGAGCCCCACUCACAGAGCAGGUGCCCCACCCCAGCCCUCACUGAGGUGGCCAUGAGUCCAGUUCAGACCCUAGGGGAUGUGCAGUGCUGAGCGUCCCAGCCCCGAAGUCCAGCCUCUGAGCAGGCUCCUGGGCACUGACAGAGUCACACACCCAGGUACACCUUACAGGCUAAUAUGGGGACACACGAAAAUGUGGCCUCCAAAACCUGCAAGUCUUCUCUGUGCCCCCCAUCGACCCAUGCAUGUCACCCAACCCUGCCCUGCCACACCACGUGGGUCUGAGGAGCGCCUCUACCCCCGCCCUCUGGGUCCCUGACAGACACUGCCCUCCUGGCCUGCACCUGGAACAGCAGCCAAAACAAUGGAGGGGGACCCACACCCUCUCUCCCUGGGCUGUGGGCAGGCGUCACAAGUCCCAUUGGUGGGGAAGAGGCUGAGGGCUGAGACCCACCUCAGUGAAGAGGAAAACGUAAGCAGGGAGAGCAUCAAGGCGGGAGGCUGCCUGGAAAUUUCUAGAAGAGGGUCAAGGUAGGACGCUACGUGGAAGCUUCUAGAAGGCAGUAAGGAACAGGAUGGUGAAGGAGAGGGGAGAAGAUGGGAGCAUGGAGAGACAAGGUGAGUGACAGCCGCCAGCAGGGAGGGGCCUCCAGGCAGCACAGAGGAGCUGGGGGGCAGGGCCUUAUGACGCUGGGUUCCUGUGUGGGGCGUGCAGCUGGGGCUGAAGUAGAGGGGACGGCCUUGCGGCCCCCAGCACUGUUGUUUCUCCAGGUGCACCAUAACCUCCUCCUUACCUGCCCGAACCUCAACUCAGGGUCAGCGGCCUCCAUGGAGCCAGCCCCACCUGCCUAAGGACCACUGAGGCCAUCCUCCGCCUGGACUCAACAGCCGCCAGCAAGUUUGCCUGGGAGUGUCCCUGGGGUACCAUUGUCACUGGGGAGGGAGAGCCAGGAAGGGUGGAGAAGGAGGCAGAAGGGGCACGUAUGAAAAAGAGGACAGGAAGCCUCACCAGAGGCGGUUUCCAGAGCCCCAGUCUUGGAGACAAGGACACUGCCACCCAAUGCCACAGUCAGUGUGGGAGGGGCCCACGUCCCCCACCCCCCACGCCACACCGCUGCCUCCUGCUGGCCAUGGUCCUCUGGCUGGGAGGAAUGCGGGUUCCCAGCUGUACCCCUCCCCCCCGCACACACACCCUCCCGUGUCCCACGGAAAGUCUAGGCCAGGAUCUGGCGAUGGGAUUCUGCUGCCCAGGGGUCCUGCCCGCCCUCACUCACCCCAGGUGCUUGGGAUGCUGCAGGUCCCAGAGAAUCUCCACAGGACUUGGCUUCCCCUGCUCAAAUGAAUAAAGACCUCCUACCUCAACUCCC